AGUGGGAUCCUUGCAGAGAGGAGAGAAUGCUCAGGCCAAAGAUGUGGGCAUCGGUAAGAACAACGUAAAACUGAUCUCGGAAGGGAGGAGGAGACACAGGAGAGGAAUGAAAGACUCCUAAUCUGAGGUUGACCUGCAGCACUUGAGUUAGCAGUCUAAAUAACUUUUGCAGUAAGAGUUUGUGGAGCAGUUUUCCCCAAACAUGGCAGCUACAUGGCAAUUUGCACUUUUUAUCUGCAUGUUGCUGAGCAGUGAUGUCACUUCAAAGACCAUCACAAACUUCAGCACCGGGACUGAAGUAGAUCCACAUACUGAAACUGGAAAUAACAGUUCAGGAGUCACCACUCUGGCUAUUGUGAGCUGGAGGUGGGAACAUGUCUCCACCCCGUACCUGGUGGCCCUGUGGGUCCUGGUCAGCUGGCUCUGCAAAUUCGUCAUCGAGUCCUUUCCUAGGGUGGUUAAUGUGAUCCCAGAGAGUGCCUUGCUCAUCUGCUUUGGCUGGAUUCUGGGUGGGAUCGUUUGGGCCGCAGACCUUCAGCAGACCUUCGCACUGACCCCAACAGUCUUCUUUUACUUCCUGUUGCCUCAAAUCAUCCUGGAUGCGGGCUACUCCAUGCCAAACAAGCUCUUUUUUACCAACUUGGGAGGCAUCCUGCUCUACGCCAUCUUGGGGACUGUCUGGUGUGCCGCCACCCUGGGGCUGUCGCUGUGGGGGUGUCAGGAGGGAGGAGCCAUGGGUGAUCUCCACAUCGGUCUGCUGCAGUAUCUUCUCUUCGGCAGUCUGAUUGCUGCUGUGGACCCGGUAGCCGUCCUUGCUGUGUUUGAGCAAGUCCACGUGAAUGAGGUCCUCUUCAUCAUGGUGUUUGGAGAGUCGCUGCUCAACGACGGUGUGACAGUGGUGCUAUUCAAUGUAUUUGAUGCGUUUGUGAAACUGGGAGGACCCGCAAUUAAUGCUGUGGAGAUCAUUAAAGGGAUAAUUUCCUUCUUUGUGGUGGCGUUCGGUGGUUCCCUCGUUGGCUUAGCGUUUGGACUGCUGGUCUCUUUACUGAGUAAAUACACUAAAAACAUCCAGAUCAUUGAGCCAGGCUUUGUCUUUGUCUUGGGAUACCUCUCCUACCUGACAGCUGAUAUGCUCUCCCUGUCUGCCAUCCUUUCGGUCACCUUCUGUGGUGUUUGCUGUCAGAAGUACCUCAACUCAAACAUGGCUGAGAGCUCUGUCAACACAGUCAGAUAUGUCAUGAAGGUUUUCGCAAAUGGAUCGGAAACCAUCAUCUUUGUGUUCCUUGGCAUCUCGGCCAUCGAUAAGACAAUCUGGGUGUGGAACACAGGCUUUGUCCUCCUCACGCUCUUCUUCACCCUUGUGUACAGAUUCAUUGGUACCUUUAUCCAAACCUGGUGGCUUAACCAGUACAGGCUGGUCCCUAUUGCGUUCAUAGAUCAGCUGAUUAUGAGCUAUGGUGGCCUGCGAGGGGCUGUCGCAUAUGGUCUGGCAGCGAUGCUGGAUGACCAGAGAAUAAAGGAGAAGAAACUGAUGCUCGGCACUACUCUCAUUGUAGUGUACUUUACUGUCAUUCUUCAGGGAAUAACGAUGAAACCUUUUGUCACGUGGCUUAAAGUAAAGAGAGCUGCAGUGGCAGAGGUCACACUUGUAGAAAAAGUGCAGAACAAGGUGUUUGAACACUCGCUUGUUGCCAUAGAAGAUAUAUCUGGACAAAUAGGAGAUAACUACCUGAGGGGCAAGUGGAAAAUAUUUGAGGAGAAGUGGAUGUCAAGGUUUUUGUUGACGUCGGAGGCGAGGGAGAAACAAGACUACAUUUUCAACGUCUUCCAUCAGCUGAACCUCAAGGAUGCCGUGGGCUACGUGGAUGAGGGUGAACGUAGAGGCUCUUUGGGAUUUAUCCGCAAUGAAUCAGCAAUCAUCGACUUCAAGAAGAAGUUUGGUGACGAAUUCUCAGAGGUUCUGCCUGACAUCAUGGCUGCUGCGUCAGAUGAUCCUGAUACUAUGAGAAAAGACCCUGUGUCAUCAGUGAGCCUGCAAAUGCAUGAGAAGGCCAUGCAGGGUACAAGGGAAACAGAGGACAUCGACGCUCACCACCUGCUGCAACAGCAUCUGUACAAGGGCAGGAAACAGCACUUGCACAGGUACAGCCGGAACCAUUUUGAUAUCAACACAGAUGACAAUGAGGUGCAGGAGAUCUUCCAGAGGACCAUGAGAAACCGUUUGGAGUCCUUUAAGUCUGCAAAGAUGGGCCUUGCUCCAGCAAAGACUAUAACCAAGCACCCAAAGAAAGACCAGCAACAGCAGGUGCCAAAUGGGAAAUCCAUGGACGGUCAAAACUACUAUGCUAAUAAUGAAGGUUUUGAGUUCUCAGAGGGAGACAGCGCCUCUGGCUUAAAGGCAUCAGGUGGUUCAUACCCCUUCAAGUUCAACUACAAAUCAGGAGCUGGAAUUGAGAAUCCAUCCUUCAUGCCGGACCAGGACCCAAUGGGACCAAUGGAGAUCCCUCCAUGGCAGGCUCAGGACGAGCCCGAGGGCACAGUUAGUCCAUCGCAGCGGGCCCAGGGGAUGCUGCCGUGGACGCCCACCAACCUGCGCCGCCUGGUUCCUCUACGCAUCAGCAAACAGUCCACCGACUCCUUUGCACAGGCCGACACUCCUGCCUCCCAGGAGAAGGACAAGAAGUUGCCACCUCCACCACCACCUCACCUUUAAAAGUAGCAGCUUUCCAUCCCUUCUUCAUCUCCCAUUAACCUGGCUGCCUAAAGACAAAGAACAUAACCUCAGGCUUUUGCACUUUUCAACGUUUUAACUAGGGAAAGAAUUGUUUUCCUUGCCAUGGCUUAAUCUUACUUCUAAGUAUCUAGACAAAACAUUCAGAGUCUCGCAACCUGUUUGCCCCUCUUGUCAGCUCCUGUUUGUUGCUCUAACUUGAGCAAAAGGGAGGCUGCAUGUAAAGCCAGACAUCCUGUACACGCAUUAGCAAGUUAUUUGCUAGCAUACAUCGAACGUCAUCAUAUUCUCUCCUCUGGUUCAUAGUAACAUUGCAAAUCAGUCCCUAUGAAGUAUCUCAUCCCUAAAUGUUAUCCAGAAACAUUUUUC